UUGGGAGUAGAGGUAGAGCGAGAAAGUUCCGAGGAAGAAACCGAAUGACCGGUACACACGAAAUUAAGAUAAGAACAGAAACACCGCUGGGUUGUCAGGUCUACUGGUAGAGGUGGUUGACAAUGGACCCCAACAGUGAGACCAAGAUUUUGACUUCUAACCCCUCUGAGACCCAGAACCUGGAGCAACAAGGAAGCACAGGCAGCAGCUGGCUGUUGCUGGUAGCGGCUGGAGCGGCCUCUCUGAGCGGCCUGAUGCUGGGCUAUGAAAUGGGCGUGACCUCUGGAGUCCUGCUGCAGCUGCGGGGCCUCCUCCGCCUCUCCUGCCGAGAACAAGAACUGCUGGUCAGCUCCCCCCUGCUCGGCGCUCUCAUCAUCUGCCUGGCUGGGGGUCCCAUAUUGGACCGCUACGGCCGGCGCUGCUCUUUGCUCCUGAGCGCGGCCCUGGUGGUCGGCGGGAGCAUCGUGCUCAUCGCGGCCAGCUCGCUCAUCACGUUCACACUGGGCCGGGUGAUAGUCGGCAUGGGAACGGCGCUGUCGGGGUCAGGAGCGUGUCUGUACAUUGCGGAGAUCUCACCGAGGGAGAGGAGGGGCCUGCUGGUGACGCUGUACGAGUUUAUGUUGGUUGUGGGUGUGAUGCUGGGAUUCAGCUGUAGUUACGCCUUCACUACUCUGCCCCAUGGCUGGGCGUAUACGUUCGGGCUGGUAAUCCCCCCGGCGCUGCUGCAGAUCAGCGUACUUGUGUUCCUCCCACCGAGCCCACGCUUCCUGGUCACCCAGGGUAAAGUGGAGCAGGCCAGGACAGUGCUGGCCCGAAUGAGAGGUGGGGCCCCGGAGCAUGUGGAAAAGGAGCUCUUAGACAUCAGGACAGGAAUUAAAGAGGAAUCAGAGCAUAGUUUCUGGGAGUUGUUCAGUACCAAGGCCAACUUGCGCUCCCGACUGCUCACAGGUGUGGCCUUAGUCUUCCUCCAGCAGGCUACCGGUCAGCCCAACAUCCUCUCCUACGCUUCACCGCUUCUCCGCAGUGUGGGCUUCGACAGCGACGCCGCAGCAACCUUGGCCUCCACGGGGUUCGGAGUGGUCAAGGUAGUUGGCACCAUCCCAGCCGUGUUGCUGGUCGACAGCGUGGGAACCAAGAGCUUUCUGUGUGGGGGUGCUGUCGCAAUGGGAAUGUCGCUGGUUGCACUCGGUGCAUUAACGCACCAAAGCCACACUAACCUCACCAGCCUGUGCACAAGUCACACUACAUUAAACCACACACGUACAGCGUGGGAUUUAAACGAAACCUCUGUAGACUUGGGAAACAGUGACAUUUUUUUAACUGACCUCCCCGAACAGUGGAGCAGCGAGGAGUCACAGCGGACUACCAGAGCAGAUGAUGGGGUCGGGGAGUCGGGAGGAGGAAGCACUUAUGGAGGAGGGUCCUCCUUACUGAAGUGGGCGUCACUGAUCAGCUUGCUGGUGUAUGUGGCAGCCUUCUCCAUUAGCCUCGGGCCAAUGGUGUACGUGGUGCUCAGUGAGAUCUUUCCAAUGGGAGUCAGAGGCAGAGCUGUUUCUGUGGUGUCGGCUGUAAACUGGGCCACUAACCUGCUCAUCUCCAUGACCUUCCUCACAAUUACAGAAAAGAUUGGUGUGGCCAACGUGAUGUUCCUCUACGCUGCCAUGAGCUUUGUUCUGCUGGUGUUCGUCAUCUUCUGUGUCCCCGAGACCAAAGGUCGCACGCUGGAGGAGAUAUCGAAAGAACUGGCUAAGAAGUAAAUGGCAGCUUACACGUGAUCUUAACGUUGUCAGUGUAUCUAAUAAACUGAUUUGUGGAAGUGGAAGCCAGAUCAGCAGCAGCACGACCACAGAGAUUUCCGAUAGUCCGACUUUUUUAACGGACCACAACCGAACACCUCACCUGAAGGAGAGCGGAGAGCAAAGGACAAUAAUAUUAGCACUGUUAAGACUUUGGGGUACCACUCUUACAUCUCACCCACAUCUGUACUGUACAUCCCUGGAUUCCUAUAAUGACGUCGUUGUCAUAUAGUUCCUUCUUGCUACAUGCUGUAUGUAUGUAAAGGAAAAGAUCAACAGCAAAGGGAUGGUGGAAAUUGAAUAUAUAGGAAAUAAUUAAAUAAUGGAGAAGUAUGUGUGAAUUUGCUCAAAUGAGGAUAUCUCAGGGUUCACUCUUGCUUGUUAAAAAGCAGUAAAACAAAAAGAUAAGAAUAGGGAUUGAAUAUAUUUUAUUGAUUUAGUCCCCUUCUUUCUUUGUGUCCCUAUUUAAGAAUACAGCAGAAAGGGGCAUUUUACCUUAAGACCAGGAUAGAAAUGACUCCCCACCAGCCAGCAGAACUAAUGAAGCUCCUCGAAUGAGUGCUCACACUGUACUGCUACAAUGUUCUUUCCAUUUUGACAUGACAUUGCGACGUCAGACAUUAUUUACAUUUACAAACGAGAGGCCAUCUUGCGGUGGGAUCACACCAGCUGCAAUGCCAAAUUGGGCCAGGGGUGUAAAGAGGGGGGGGGGAAUGACGACUAAUGCCCCCUUCCCAACUUCCCACCCCCUUACAUCUGACACCCUUGCUCGGACCACACCCACCUCCAAUCUCAGCCUUCAUUUUGAUCUCAACUACACACCUGUGAAGUUUCCAAAUCCAGUGAGUGGGUCAACGGCCUCUUCAACCUCUUCGUCUACACAUCUGUAGAGUUUCACGACUGCAUUUUGCACAACUGCGACGCUUCGCGGUGACGACAUCUGUCAAAAAGACAGAAAUAUUAACACCUGGUAAAGUACUCAAGGACUGACAGUGGUAGUUGCUGCUAUAAUAGGUGGCCUGGACCACAAAGAUUUGCUCUUUUGGACCAUGGGGGAAAAAAAUCAAAGAUGUUCUAAAUGAUUAGACGCUAAUCACUUCAAAUGUAUUCAACAUUCUUUGGAUUUCAAAUGAUUUCCUUUAACACAAUAUUAUUUAUAUGCUGCUCCCUGUUUUAUGUAAUGUAACAACAUUAACAGGCCUCAAACCAGUCAUGCUGCAGAACAAACUGUCUACCACAAUCUACACGGUGACCGAUACAUGGAUAAAGACCACGGGUGUCUCUUUCUUUACAUUUUAUGGGAACAAGCAAUCAAUUUUCUCUGUUACUUGUGUCUGAGAUGCCAAAAUGAUACUUAGGUGAUUAACAGGAGGGAUGUUUACUGCAGGAAAGAAUGACUUGUGUGUGGACCUGUUCACAAUUAAAAUUGCACAUUUUAAAAUCUGUACUUUGAUACCUCAUCUUUUUUUUCUUGUUGGAAAAUGUAGAAAUGUAUUUGUAUUGUGUCACACUGAAAAGCUUGGAUAGCCAUUGAAAGUGCUUCAAUGAGGACGUGAUGACAAUGAGAGUAAAUCAGUAGUCCCGUGGUGGCGUUCUAUCAUCAACCUUUAUUUUUAUACAAAAUACAAAAUUCUGAACAAAUGUCACAAAUGCUCAGUUGACACUGGUUCAAAAAGUCCAUCCCAAAUACUGGAGACAACAUGUCCAAGUCUUUUUUUUUAAUCUUUUCCAUCAGAUCCAAUACAGAAAUCUACAUUGCCUGUCAUUAGGUUUUCACAUUUAAAAACACUUAGGAAAGCUAUAUUCUAUGAAGGUUUAUUGUUAAGGUACUGGCUAAUACUAUAAGCAUGGGCUCUUUGAACACUGUGCAUAACAUGCUCCUUCUAAAACUCAGAUGAAUGUACCGACAAACCUGUUGACGAGCAACAGUGCAGAAUGAACUGCCAUGUUUGACUUAACUGAAUGGCUGCAUUUGUAAUUUUGAGUUCUUCACUUAAACAUCACCAGAGUUUCUGUUCCUAUGCAGCGAUUUCCAAGACCAAUUCUGGACAGAGUUUAAUAACUUUAUUCCUGCGCCAAUUUUCAACGCCUUGACUUGUCUCAUCCCAACUUUAGCCUGGGACUAACCAGUAGCUGUCUUAAGUGACAGACAGCUACUGGUUGGUAUCAAGUAUCUGCCUUUGACUUCAGACAGCAUCCGGUUAGCCCAGUAGCCAGUAGUUGGCUUAAGUGAAAGCGAGUUAGGGAUCUGUGGCUCAACACACCACCUGAAACAUUAAAUAUCCUUUAACUUUUCAAAAAGUUUCAUUACAUUCCAAAACAUUUAUGACAGAGAUCUUGAUCUGUACAUAUUUCAUCUUUACCUUGUGUUUAAAAACUAUUGUUAAGAAAUGAAAUCAGAUCAUGUGUGUGCAUUCUGAUCCAAUGCCACAGUUGAGAAACAAGAACAUAUUUAUAGUGAACUAACCUAAGUAAGUAAGGAAACCAACCAUUAAAAUCAGAUGAAUGUAUAUUGUGAGUUAUGGAAAUGUCCAUCUGCAGAAGGACCUGCUCUUACUCCGAGUCCACGUGUAACAGUCAAGACUUAGUCUGUGGUUAGACUGCUGCUUCCCUCUUUGGGCAGCACUACGAGGAACACAGUGGACGCCUUGUGUUUGCGUUGACGCGUCGACAAACGAGCCAAUGGACGGAGAGCCUUCCAGAAGAAAUUGGAAGAUGUGACGUCGUCUUGUAUAAAGGGUUAACGGUGAGGUUUCUUAGUGUUAUCCUACGGUACUGAUGUUUCGCAAUGAUCACAACUGCUAAGCAUUGAAAUGGUGAAGACUGUUAAAAAAAAUGGUCUUUCUGUGUCCAUGCAAAAAAAUAAAAACAGCCAAUUUACCAGCGACAGCGAAUAACUGCCUCUACCUUCAGUGUCGUGUCAAGUUCGGUAGACCGGUUUCCCCCGAAGGAUACGACGUUUAAAGACGUACUUGCAAGUUUAGGCUGUUAAAAUCCCAAGAGCCACACAAUCCACAACAGCAAUACAUUUUUGUGAGAGGGACAUUUUAAGACUCCAACUGGGGUUGGUGGAGAUUUUCUUU